AUGGACUCCUUGCAGGUAUGGGACCUUGGGAGCAUGACACAGAAGGCUUGUCUUAGAGGUCACAGUCAAAUGGUAUUUCGCGUGGCGAUCAGCAAGGACGGCAAGACGGCUGUCAGCGGGGGAAAGGAUGGGACCUUGAAGGUGUGGGACCUUGUGAGCAUGACGCAGAAGGCUUGUCUUGAGGGUCAUAGUCAUAAGGUAUGGAGCGUGACGAUCAGCGGGGACGGCAAGACGGCUGUCAGCGGGAGUAGGGAUAAGACUCUGAGGGUGGUGUGGGACCUUGAGAGCACGGAGCAGAAGGCUUUUCUUGAGGGUCAUGUUGAUGCGGUAUGGAGCGUGGCGAUCAGCGGGGACGGCAAGACGGUUGUUAGCGGGAGUGACGAUACGACGCUGAGGGUGUGGGACCUUGGGAGCAUGACGCAGAAGGCUUGCCUUGAGGGUCAUAGUGAUAGGGUAUGGAGCGUGGCGAUCAGCGGGGACGGCAAGACGGCUGUCAGCGGGAGUAGGGAUAACACGUUGAGGGUGUGGGACCUUGGGAGCAUGAAGCAGAAGGCUUGUCUCGAGGGUCAUAGUGAUGAAGCAUGGAGCGUGGCGAUCAGCGGGGACGGCAAGACGGCUGUCAGCGUUAGCGGGGAUGGGACGCUGAGGGUGUGGGACGUCGACAACAUGGAGGAGAAGGCUUGUCUUGGGGGUCAUGUCAGGCGCGUGGCGAUCAGCGAGAACGGCAAGACGGCUAUCAGCGGUAGCGGGGAUAAGACGCUGAGGGUGUGGGACCUUGGGAGCAUGACGCAGAAGGCUUGUCUUGAGGGUCAUAGUGAUAGGGUAUGGAGCGUGGCGAUCAGCGGGGACGGCAAGACGGCUGUCAGCGGGACCGUGGAUGGGACGCUGAGGGUGUGGGACCUUGUGGAGAUGGCGGAGAAGGCUUGUCUCAAGGGUCAUAGCAGUUGGGUAUUGGGCGUGGCGAUCAGCGGGGACGGCAAGACGGCUGUCAGCGGGAGUAGGGAUCAGACGCUGAGGGUGUGGGACCUUGAAGAGAUGGAGGAG